CAAACUACGACAAAAGGGAAAUGGUACCCUCAGGGUCUGCCCUGCUCCAUCAUCAUCACAGUGGCUGAACAAGUGAAGAAAUCAUGAAUCAUCAGUAAGGGCCUUAAGUCGAAGCUUACAUUUAUUACAGCUUACUCUGUCGCUUACACUAGUCCGUUUAUAAUUGCUGUUAUUCGGGGAAAAAUAUUGAGGUUGCUUGCAUCGACGCUGCAGGACCGGUGGCCUGAUUUUUAUUUUAUUUUUUUUGUUGGGAGCUAAACCCAGUUAAACUUGUAAACACUUUUGUGAAAGAUGGCUGACAACGGAGCACACCCGACUGAAGAGGACCCGGCUGCAGCUUUUCUCGCUCAGCAGGAGAGUGAGAUAGCCGGGAUUGAGAACGACGGCGACGGCGACGGCGACGGCUUCGGGGCGUUGGAAGGAGCCGACGGGCAACAGCCGGUUCAGCCUCAGCCGGCCAACUAUGACUUGGACAGUUUUGGAGAGCCUGCCACCUUGAAUGGAGACAUGUUUCAGGAGUCCAAUGGGCCAACAGACAACUAUGCAGCCAUCGCCCAGGUGGAUAUUCAGAGACAAGAGCCAGAGAGUUUACGCAAGUGGAGGGAGGAGCAGAAGGCACGCCUUGAAGCAUUAGACUCUGCAUCCAAGGCGGCGGAGGCAGAGUGGAGAGAGAAAGCCAAAAAGGAGCUGGAGGACUGGCAUGUACACCAGAGCGAGCAGAUGGAGAAGAACAAGGCCAACAACAGACUCUGUCCAAGUCUGGCACGGAUUGCUGACAAGGCUUUCUACAAACAGCCCAACUCUGAUGUUAUAGGCUUGGUAGCAUCAGAAGAGGCUUUCCUGGCAGAGACCGACAGCGACAGUCCAGGAUCUGAAUGGGAGAGAGUAGCCCGUCUCUGCGACUUCAAUCCGAAAACCAACAAACAGGCAAAGGAUGUUUCUCGAAUGCGUUCUGUCCUCAUCUCUCUCAAACAGACACCUCUGGUUCGCUAGAGAAAGAGGAGGGAGAAUUUCCUUCCAGAAACAAUGCCUUUUUUCAGUUUUAACCUCACAUUGCAGUCAGAAAAGUUUGUACUCCCCCUUUUCCAUAAAACUCCUGGUAUGUUUAUAACCUUUGAAAACUUCCUGCCUUUCUUGAUGCCUCUUAUAUUGAAAUAAUAUACCUAACCCCACUCUCUUAUGAGAAGAUGAAGGACUGCUCUCUUGUUACAUCCUUUUGCUCACCAGUUUUAUCACUGCUAUACUUAAGAAAAUAUUGUUACUGUAAGUUAAGCAUUUUCCAUCCCCCCCUUUAAGUUAUAAACUGUUAUUAGGUCAACCUUACUGCAUGCCUCUGCCAAUAUUUUGGAUGCACAUUUUUUUGUUGUUUUAUAAAUUAGAAUUUUGGUCAGUGUCAAACACUUUAAGCACUGUUGCGUAUUAGAUUGUAACCACUUAUGCCUCUCAUCAAUGUAGAAUUAUAAAGUCUUUGUUCACAUUCGAUGUAUUUUACCAUAUUUAACGUAGCUAGCAUUAUUAUUUUUUUCCUCUUUCGAAUGCAUAAGCUUGUGGCCUUUUUGAUGUAGCUCUUACUCCAGUUUUGAGUAUUUAGCCAGAUGGAUUUCCUCUUUUAAUCAGGCAAGGGAAAAAAAAUAAAUUACAACCAAAGAUUUCUGCUAAUCAAAAUUUUCUCUUUACGGCGAGUUCUCAUCUCACUGAUUUUUAAGUUUUAUGCACCAUUUUUGGGUUACAGCAAUAUGUUUUCGAUUUUCUAAACAAUCAAUACGGUGUGAAUUUUAACAGUAAUGUCUGCACAUUGUUUCACACGUUGCCUAUUUGGACA